GCAGCGCACAAGUGCCAAGUCGGAUUUGGACUUGGAUUCGCCUUUUUUUUUGUUUUGUUUUAGUUUUUUUUUUAAUCUGAAACAUUUCCUCCUGACUUACUCCCUAGUUAAGCAUGCGGUUCGGAGUUCCUGCUAUGGGCCUUGUCGGUCUGGUGCUCCUCCUGGGCAUUUGUGGCUCAGCUCGGGCGGAUCUAUGGUAUCGUGGCAAUGCGGUUCACCCAGACUAUCCUGGCCAGUGCUACUAUGAGGAGCUAAAGCAGGCCAUUCCCAAGAAGCAAUCAUACAAGCCCAUCAACAGGGAGGGCUACUGCCAGUCCAUCUACUGUCGGCCGGACAAUGUCCUGGAGAUACGCUAUUGCGGUCGCCACAACCUAGUGCCCACGGACAAAUGCAAGAUUGCCUCCGAUAUGCGACGCACCUAUCCCGACUGCUGUCCCAAGCUGGUCUGCCAGGAGUCGGAGAGCAACUACAUCUAGGCUGGAUGAGAUUCGAUCCGGUUGCUGUACAUAAGCCGCCUAGUAUUAGCCCUAGUUUUAUAAUUCUUUUGUUUUUAUGUACCUAUCUUUCUUUUUUUUAAUUAAAGCUAAACUUUUGUUAAUGCCUAGCUUUACAUUAAGUUUUAAAUACUUACACCAAAAUUUUAAAUUAAAUAAAAACUUAAAAAUCGAAAA